UCCCUGACCCCCCGGCCUAGACAACGACCGUGUUGCGGAUUCGCCUACCUCCCCCGCGCACGGACGGCGAGGGAGGGGAGGGGGUGACGCGGCCGAUUCUGCCCUUCCUCCGUCUCGGCGCGGAUCGGGCUGAAGCUUUGUGUCUCUCGGGCGAUUAGAGGAGGAGGAAGAAGAGGAAGAGGAGGUUUUGGGUUUUGGGGGUUCCUGACAAUGGCUGCGGCUGCGGCGGUGGGUGGCAACGGCGACGACGGUGACGACAAGGCUCGUGAUGUGUCGAACCAGCCCAAGGAUCUUGGUAGGAACACCUGCGGGGGUGGCGUGCUUCCCACCCCUCUGCGAGUCACUGUCAGUGGUGAUCCAGUGGGGACGCCUGAUGGAGACGAUCACCAUGGGGACACCACGGAGUGCUCGAGCUCGUUUGGGCCGUCUUGCUCCGCGUCUGAUGAUGACGCAGAGCCGGACAUGCAUGGCAUGGAAGUGGAUUCGCCGUUUCUUGGUACGAACCAUAUGAAUGUGGAUCACGCUAAUUCUGCACCAAGUAUGGCCAGACAUAAAAAAGUGACAGCCGAGUGGAAAAAGGUGGUUGGGCCAAUAAUGUGGCGAUGCCAAUGGUUGGAGUUACGUAUGAAGAAUAUCUUUUCACAAAUAGCAAAGUAUGACAAGGAACUUGCUGUUAUCAAUCAUGAAAAAGAUCUGAAGUUGGAAAUGGUUAAAGCUGAUGGUCCUGAAUCAGAAUUGGCAAAACUGGAUUCUGAGAGCCAUGAGAAAAUUAUAAUGAAGAGAAGAAAAAGAAAAAGAGAUGAAGAGGCUACGGAUACCUCACUGUACAUGAAGAUGCAUCCUGCAUUGUCCUAUUAUGAAAACAGAACAGAUGGUCUCUUGGUUAAUGAUGUUUUUGACAGUCCAGUUGAUGAGGACAUCAAAAGCAAUAGUCAUGAUGUCGGAUUACUUGAGGAUGACAAGAUCUUUGAACAAUAUUCUUUGAGAGAGAUUCUUCUUACAGUUGAUGAGGUCCAAUCCCGAAUUUUGAGCCUUCAAGGUUGUCUCAACAAUGCUCGCAGCAAAUAUGAAAAGUUGUCACUAUGCUUAGACCAUAGGAAGGUUAAGGUGUCUCAAAAGAAUCAGAAGGUGCAGAACCACAUCACCUCUUGUAAGAAGGAUAGAAGACGUUCUCAUCAGAAAACAAAAACAAAGGCUCUGGAUAGUUUUUUUCAGAAUGAUGACUUAGAUAAACCCUCUGAUGGUAUGAUGGGAUAUAUGAAGAUGCAUGAUGCACAGGAAGAUGCAACACAAUUGGAUGCAAACACAAUCACAUUUGAUAUGCUCUUUAAUGCAGACAAUCUCCUAACUGAUGCCCAUGUUGGAGAGUUUAUCAAAGAAAGUGCUGAUGAUGUUCUUAUAGAUAAUCAAGCAGCCAAAGAAGAUGGUUAUCAGCCCUUUGAGACGGUUAAGCAUGCUGACGAGAAGCACUCAGAGAUAUUGAUGCAUCCUUCCGAAGGAGAAAAGGCUAGUGCACACACAGUAGAGUGCGAACAAGUUCUAGAAACAGCUCCUGUUGUGAAGCAAAUCAAUUCUAGAGAAAAGCGAGGACACAAACCAAAUAAGAAACAUAGGAGUUCUCUGCUUGCUAAGAAAAUCAAAACCGAGAAAGAUCCCAGCAAUAUGAAUAACGAAAGGACUGUUUUGGUGGCUGUGGAUCCCCGGAGGAGUCAACGUGUUCGAAAACCCAAAAUUUACUGAAGCUAGCGAUUUCCAGCCUUCCUGGUUUCUGGUUGCGACUGCACCAGUGGAUUUUUUGCCUUGCUGUCCAAAAGGAAAUCCUUCCUGGUUUCUGGUUGCGACUGCACCAGUGGAUUUUUUUGCCUUGCUGUCCAAAUAUGUAGCUACAUUGAGCCAGAUGCUAUGUAGUUAGUUGUGUAAGUAAUCAUAGUUAUAGGAAAGUGAAAUCUGAAGUGGUAUGUCGUGCUCAGGGAGUAAGAACCCUUUAUUUGGAGGUUACAGAGGACAACAUUGAGCAGUUUUGGAUAUUUGCUGCGCAGACUUGUAGGCAUAGUAGCAGCAUCUUAGGUUACAUCAUUCUAAGAAGUUUGCAGGUAGGAAGAUUGUUUAUACCAAAAUCAUAUGCUGUGCUUUUUUCGAAAAUGGCAUGUUUCUUGAAUGAUGUUGAAGGUAGCAUGGUUGUCACUUGUCAUGGAGUUGAGUUGCAUUUUCUGGUGUGCAUCUUGGCAGAACUGGAUGCGUAUAUCUUGUAGUAGAAUGCCGCAGCAUCUGGCUUGUUAUGUUGGUUUUGAUUUUUGUCUACUUCAGUAUAGAAUUGUCGUUUCAUUUUUGUACAUGUAGUUUGUAGUUUGUACAGGUGAUUCUUUAGAAACUUUUCCCAGCCGACAGUCAGUUGAGUUGGU